CUAAAAAACGCAGUCAUGGAGACCCACACAGGCGGCGGCACCAACAACGAAGGCACGAUAGCGACCAUCAAAUCCAUUCGGACUCAACUCGAGUCCCGAAUCCAAACCCAACGCCACCACCUGGAUCUCCUCGCCUCCCUCCAAAGCCUGGACGCCAACAUCGUCCCCUCUCUGGAUCUCUCCCUCCGCAUCGUCUCCGCCUUCAACAACCGCCCUUUUUCUCCCACUCCUCCCCUUCCCACACCCAAAGAUUUUCCACCCACCCAACACCCACCGACCCACCCCGUAACCGACCCUAAACAACUGGCCCUCGUUAAUCCUGACCAAGGUGACAAACUCGCUGACGAGAGAGGCAACCCAUUGUCGGUGGUGAGAGCGAUUGUGGCGGAGUGUUUGCUUCAGAGAGUACCGUUCAAAGCAAUCGAUUCGUCGACGGUUUUGAGGAAGUUAGAGAACGACGAGAACGUGACGGCGGCGGAGAAGGCGGCGAUGCGUGAAUUGGGAGGCGAUUCGGGGUCCAUUCUCGCGGUGGAGAUGGCGUUGAGGUCAAUGGCGGAGGAUAACGGGGGCCUCGAGGUCGAAGAGUUGUUGUCGGCGGCAAACAGAGUUAUGGUACUCAACAUUGACCGAACCCGGUUAGUCCGAGAAUUACCCGAAGAACCUCAAUCAUCUGAAAAGAGAGGUAUAAACAACGUUAACGAAAGUGAGAGCUUGAAGAUAAAUAAUAACAGUAAUAAUGAGUGGGUGGCGCCGAGGCCCAUGAGCGAAAUUUGGAUGGGAGGGGGAGACCCCGGCAUGAUGUAUCCGCCGGGUGUGCCAAUGGCGGGCCCGCGGGGUCGGGGAAUGGGAAUGAUGGGAAGGCCUCCAAUGGGGCCAAACAGUGGUCUUUCGCCGGCUCAGAGACAGAGGACUGAGGAAGAUGAUUUGAAGGAUUUGGAGGCUUUGUUGAAUAAGAAAUCUUUUAAGGAAAUGCAAAAAUCGAAGACGGGUGAGGAGAUUUUGGACAUCAUUAAUCGCCCAACUGCUAAGGAAACUGCUGUGGCUGCUAAGUUUAAAAGUAAAGGUGGUUCUCAAGUGAGGGAGUAUUGUUCAGCUUUGACGAAGGAGGAUUGUCGAAGGCAGUCCGGCACUUUUCUGGCAUGUAAGAAGGUUCAUUUUAAGCGCAUAAUUGCUCCUCAUACUGAUAUCAGUUUAGGGGAUUGUUCAUUUCUAGAUACUUGCCGUCAUAUGAAGACAUGCAAAUAUGUUCAUUAUGAGCUCGACCAAACGCAAGAUGAUCUUGGUCCUGAGAAGCCAUUAAAGCCUCCACGUGCUGAUUAUUGUUCCGAAGUAGAACUAGGUGAACCACAAUGGAUUAAUUGUGAUAUCCGGAGUUUUAGAAUGGACAUUUUGGGGCAGUUUGGUGUCAUCAUGGCAGAUCCGCCAUGGGACAUUCAUAUGGAGUUGCCUUAUGGAACAAUGGCUGAUGAUGAGAUGCGUAAUCUUAAUGUUCCUGCAUUGCAGACUGACGGUCUGAUCUUCCUUUGGGUCACUGGACGUGCAAUGGAGCUAGGACGUGAAUGUUUGGAACUUUGGGGGUACAAGCGGUGUGAGGAGAUUAUUUGGGUGAAAACAAAUCAACUUCAGCGAAUAAUUAGAACAGGGAGAACAGGUCAUUGGUUAAAUCAUAGUAAGGAACAUUGCCUUGUUGGAAUAAAGGGUAAUCCAGAAAUAAACAGGAAUAUUGAUACUGAUGUCAUUGUUGCUGAGGUUCGAGAGACUAGCCGUAAGCCAGAUGAGAUGUACCCUAUGCUGGAAAGAAUUAGUCCAAGGACAAGGAAGCUGGAAUUAUUUGCUCGCAUGCAUAAUACACAAGCAGGAUGGAUAUCACUUGGUAAUCAGUUGAAUGGAGUUAGACUGGUUGAUGAAGGCCUACGAGCAAGGUACAAGGCUGCCUACCCCCAUGUGGAUGUGCAGCCCGCCUCUCCUCCCAGAGCUUCUGCUAUGGAAAUAGACUCUACUUCUGCUAGAAGUCCCUUUGCAACAGAGUCAAGAGCACAGUUUGCAGAUCCUGCUGCUCCAGAUGCGGUCCUUGCUCCUGAAGAGAGGGCAAUGGCUAUAGAUGGCGAUAUGGCCAGCUGAAAAACCAAUAAAUUCUGGCCUUGCAUGGUUGAUACGGAGAUACUAUUGUACCAUUAUUUAAUAGUACCUGAAAGGGUCUCUUAUCCCUGGCUAAUUUUGCCCCAGGUGCAUUUGUAAUGAUUUUUGUUUUAAUCAGUUGUUAAAUUAUCAGUCCCUUUUACUAUAUUACAGCCCCUAUUAGUGACUUCUCUUCA